AUGGGACUAGUUCCCCCAACUACGAGUGUACCCAGUUAUGCAUACCUUGACGUCAUACGAAGUGACAACUUUAACGUAACUUUAGCCAUUGCCGCAAGUGGCGAAAGUCCUGCCAGUUCAGCGACAAAAUACAGCUCUCCGGCACCUUCGAUUUCUGCUACAAAAAAAUCAAAUACAGUUUCAAUGACGAACAUUCCCACUUCAUCUUCUUCGACGACAUCUACCUCUCUCGCCAGUUCAGCGACAACAUCCAGCCUCGUAGCGACAACAUCCAGCGCCCCAGCAACAAUAUCCAGCGCCCCAGCAACAAUAUCCAGCUCCCCAGCGCCUUCAAUUUUUAUCACAGAAAACACAAAUACAGUGUCAGACACGAACGUUCCCACACCAUCUUCGACAACAUCCACCUAUCCCGCAGCCACGAACUCCACCAACAAUAACUCAAAAGUUCCGAUUAUUGUUGCAGCUGUGACGGCCGCGGGAGUGGUGGUCGCGGCGAUUAUCGGGGCAGGAUGGUGGCGAGGAUGCCUCAGGCGAAAAGGACAUUUUUAUCAGGGGCCCUUCAACGUUGCGACGGACAGCAUCAUCAUGAUUCCUGUUCAACUACAGAAAGUGAGGUAUGAACAAAUCUGCUCUAUGAGCGGGCUUCCUGUUGCCGCCUGGAUGCGGUUGAGGAGUCCGAACGCGGUUUAG